UAAGGGAGGGACAGAAGUGGUCGGAAAGUCGGUGGUCACUAAACAGAAGGAUGAUCGAGAAUUUGACGAUGGAUAGAGCAAUGGAAGUCAAUGACGAAGACAUGCUUUUACGGACGCUCUCUUACUUUGAAUUGUGUCGUGAGUUGUCGGCAGACCCAGCAGUUACAGCUACUCCUUCGUAUAGACUGGAAGCCAAUCACGUCAACGCCGAUAAUGAGAUUCAUUCGUCAUUCUUUUCCACGCAAUCACAACAGAAUAAUAUCUUUAGGCAACCCUGUUCUUUAAUUGGGGAAGCCAAUAGCUUUCAAGAGUUUAACACUAAAGGAAUUAAAAAGACCAGCGAAAAUGGUGCAAGCGACAAACGAAAACGGACGCUGUUCACUCCGUUGCAGUUGUCUCGCAUGGAAGAGGAAUUUCGACAGAACAUGUAUGUUGUUGGCUUAAAAAGAUGGCGUCUCGCCACGGAGCUCUCCCUGACCGAAAAGCAAAUAAAAAUCUGGUUUCAGAAUAGAAGAAUGAAACUAAAAAGAGAGCAAGUGAAAAGUCAAUGUCUAAGAUCAGGAUUUCCAUGGUAUUAGAAACAUCACACUGCACUGUGAAACAGGCAGUUUCUUGGGCAUUCGAAACUUGAAAUAUAAUUGGAUGUCGCGUAUGCAGGAAUUUGUGAGUCGUUAUCUAUGCACUUCUUGUGUCGGUCUCUUAACAUUCCUCGUUUUCCGGGAAUGAAAAUUGCAGGAAUAAAAUUUCAAACUCGACUCUCCCGAAACAAGGAUAAUUUUCAUGUAAUCAUUUAUGUCCUUUCAAUUGUCACAUUUCUUCGAUCGUAUACAAGAUAAUAUUUACAAUGUAUAUCGGACAUGGUAAACUCGGAUUUUGUAUAAACGGACGUAUUUUGUAAUAUUUCAACCUCUUCGCUGUUUA